GGAAGAUGGGAGGUAUUUGCACAAUGGUGCAUCCUUUUUGGAUGGCCAGGGAACUGAUGAUGAUGCUGAUGAUAACAUCAAUGAUGAUGAAAUGACAGAAUCUGAUGAAGAUGAUGACGAUACUGUGACCGCAACUACUUCGUCUAGCCACUACGCUAGAGUAUAUGAUCUCCCAUCCGGCUUUGAUGAUGCGUGCAGCAGUGGAACAUGUGUGAACAGGUUUACACGAGACGGUGAGUUUGCGGUUGGUUAACAAUUUGACAACAAAGAACAACUAAUCAAUAUGGUGAGCUUGUAUUCUAUCAAACGCAACCAGUUUUAUCGUGUCCUGGAGUCAGAUAAACAUAAAUGGGUUGUAGAGUGAAAGAGAAAGAAGGGACGUGAUUGAACUUGGAGAAUACGGGCCACCAAGAAACAUGCAAACCUCGACAUGUUCAUAGUUGUGCGUUAUCCUGGACCUCAUUCCGAUACUUGUGUUGGCAACAACGACCGUGAUGAUCAUGUGGCGAUUACUUCUGAUUUUAUUGCCCGAGAUGUUAUUGACCUUAUUCGCACUGAUCCAUCCCUUAAGGUCCAUACUAUUAUUGAGUUGCUGAAGGAAAAGUAUGGUUAUACGGUUUCGUACAAAUGCACAUGGUUGGGUAAACAAAAGGCCAUUGAUGAAAUUUUUGGAGGUUGGGAGAAGUCCUAUUCUGAAUUGCCCUAUUUCAUGGCAGCACUCCAGCAUUCCAAUCUGAAGGCAAUUGUGCACUGGUACCCACCCCUUACAGGUCCAACUGAGUGUGUCCAUUUUCAUAGAGUCUUUUGGGCUUUCAAGCCUUCUAUUCAUGAUUUUAAGCAUUGUCGACCUGUUUUGACUAUUGAUGGCACACACCUGUAUGGGAAAUAUAAGGUACAUUACUCGUGGCUAUGGGUAGCGAUGCAAACAACCAACUCUUUCCCGUGGCCUUUAUAGUAUGUGAAUCAGAGAAUGAUGAUAAUUGACCAUGAUUUAUGGCAUGCAUUAGGAAGUUUGUAACAAAAAGGGAAUUAUGUGUCAUUUCUGAUCGACAUGCAGGUGUUAUAAAGGCUAUGAUGGAGGUGGGGAGUAGUUGGGAGGAGCCCUUUGCGCACCAUAGGCUAUGUAUGCGCCAUCUUGCAUCGAAUGUGCACAUCCAUUUCAAAGACAUUCACUUGAAGAAUUUGUUUGUUUGGACUGCAUGACAUCGUUAGAAAAAAAAGUUUGAUGGUGGGUUCAACAAGAUAGGGGAAAUGCGGGUGGAGGCGAGACAGUUUCUGAGGAACAUUCCUCUGCAAAUGUGGUCAUUACACCAUGAUGAGGGUACAAAUAUGGUACCACAACUUCUAAUAUGGCUGAGGUGUUCAACAGUGUGAUGAAAAGAGUCUCAUACUUGCCCAUCACAACUUUGGUACAAAUUUCCUUUUUUGUGGCUAGACGUGAAAGUAGUAAAAGGAGAGUGACAGAAGGCCACAACUACUCCCCAUACAUAACAGACAUCAUUGACAAGAAUAAGGACAAGGCCAAACACCACACAGUCACUGCAUUUGAUAUAGGCCGAGGGCUAUAUGGAGAGCACUUGUGCUGUUGAUAUGCUUUGACAUUGUUGAGCUUCAUUUGCCUGAUCGUGUUAUGCGGCAGUUUGGCUAUGAGCAGGUCAUUCCAGCACCUGUCGACACAUUUGUAGAUCUUCAUAAGUUGGAUAGGCGUGGGGAGCCUAUAGAGGAUUGGUCGCUUAGACAUGCCCGAUAUGUGGCUAUAUGGGAUAGGCGAGCAGAGCUUGUUGUGACUGGGACGCCGACAUUUGUCCCAUCUGUUUCUGCAUGCUAUAUGAGAUGGUAUUAUAGCAUCAUGCGGGUGUUUGUCUCUCCAUCUUUCUGACUCCCUACUCACCAUUAUCAGCCUAGUUCCAUGGCUUUGCACUUGACGACACGGGCUUUGCAGCAUAUACAUGAACGAGCGACUGCCACAGUCAGUGAGACGCAUGACGUGGACAUGCACGAUUAGAUUCUGACGAACAUUGCUUCCUUGUGUUCGCAUGUGUUGGGCUUAGUGGACUAUGGCCAUCUUAUACAUAUGACCCCCUCUCAGGAUUCUACGCCAUCGACAUCUACAGUAGCAACAACUUCUACAUCUUAGACUCAGC